AUGAAUCCAUUGUGCCUCUGCUUGUGUAUCCUGCUCGCUGUGAGCCACUGCAGCCGCAGCCAGGAGUCGGCAGCUCCAGCCUCAGCUCAGACAUCCGAGUCCUUGUCGAGCAGCAAGCACCAGCAGCAGUCGCAGUCGCACUCGAAUGCGAUAAUGGGCGAGGCGGGCGUGUCCAGCACACAGUUGUUGCAACCCUCGACGCCGGCACGGACAUUGCGUCCGAUUUCUAGCGGGGAUGCGGGUCUCUAUGAUGCUCCCGAUGACUGCCACUUUCUGCCCGCUGCGGGUCUGGAGCAGCCAGAGAUAGCACUGACCUGCAAUCUGCGCACGGUGAACAGUGAAUUCGACACGACCAACUUCAGUGUGAUUCCCGCGGAGCACACGGUUGCCCUGCACAUAUUGUGCAACGAUGAGAUCAUGGCCAAGAGCCGACUGGAGGCCCAAUCGUUUGCCCAUUUGGCCCGUCUCCAGCAGUUGUCCAUUCAGUACUGCAAGCUGAGCAAGCUGGGACGUCAGGUGCUCGACGGACUCGAGCAGCUGCGAAAUCUCACGCUGCGCACCCACAACAUCCUCUGGCCGGCCUUGAAUUUUGAAAUCGAGGCAGAUGCCUUCGCAGUGACCAAGCAGCUGGAGAGAUUGGACUUGAGCUCGAACAACAUUUGGUCUCUGCCGGAUAACAUCUUCUGUGCCUUGUCCGCCCUCUCCGCCCUCAAUAUGAGCGAAAAUCGUUUGCAGGAUGUCAACGAGUUGGGAUUCAGGGAUCGCAGCAAGGAGACGGCCACGUCCACGGAGUCCAGCUCAACCACGGAGGCAGCGGCUGCCAGGAGACUGGGCAGUUCCUGCAGCUUGGAUCUGGAACUGCUCGAUGUCAGCUUUAAUCAUUUUGUGCUCUUGCCCUCCAAUGGAUUCGGAACCCUGCGACGACUACGUGUCCUUCAUGUGAACAACAAUGAGAUCUCGAUGAUUGCAGACAAAGCUCUGAGUGGCCUUAAGAAUCUACAAGUGCUCAACCUUAGCUCCAAUAAGAUUGUUGCCCUGCCCUCAGAACUGUUUGCGGAGCAGUCCAAGACUAUUCAGGAGGUGUAUCUGCAAAACAACUCCAUCAGUGUGCUCAGUCCUCAGUUGUUCUCGAACUUGGACCAGCUGCAGGCCUUGGAUCUCUCGUUCAAUCAAAUCACCUCCACUUGGACAGAUCGCAACACCUUUGCGGGUCUCAUCCGCCUCGUCCUGCUGAAUCUGUCGCACAACAAGCUGACCAAACUGGAACCCGAGAUCUUCACCGACCUGUAUACCCUGCAGAUUCUCAAUCUGCGUCACAACCAGCUGGAGAACAUUGCCGCCGACACCUUUGCCCCGAUGAAUAACCUACACACUCUGUUACUCUCCCACAACAAGCUCAAGUACUUGGAUGCAUAUGCUCUCAAUGGUCUCUAUGUGUUGUCCCUGCUCUCCCUGGACAAUAAUGCUUUGAUUGGCGUCCAUCCUGAUGCCUUUAGGAACUGCAGUGCUCUGCAGGAUCUCAACUUGAAUGGCAACCAGUUGAAGACUAUCCCAUUGGCUCUUCGAAACAUGCGCCUCCUGCGCACCGUGGAUCUGGGAGAGAACAUGAUAACCGUGCUGGAGGAGAAUGCUUUCAAGGGAUUGGGCAAUUUGUAUGGACUGCGUCUGAUUGGCAACUACUUGGAGAACAUUACGAUGCACACGUUCCGGGAUUUGCCCAGUCUGCAGAUACUCAACCUGGCCAGGAAUCGCAUUGCUGUCGUGGAGCCAGGAGCAUUCGAGAUGACUUCGAGUAUUCAGGCGAUUCGACUGGAUGGCAACGAUUUGUCGGACAUCAAUGGACUCUUCAGCAAUAUGCCCUCCCUGCUCUGGCUGAACAUCUCAGACAAUCGUUUGGAAAGCUUCGAUUAUGGCCAUGUGCCCAGCACUUUGCAAUGGCUCGAUCUGCACAAGAAUCGACUUAACCUGCUCUCCAAUCGAUUCGGCCUUGACGCCGAGCUGAGACUUCAAACCCUCGACGUUAGCUUCAAUCAACUGCAACGCAUUGGACCCGGCUCCAUCCCAAAUUCCAUAGAGCUGUUGUUCCUCAACGAUAAUCUGAUAACGACUGUCGACCCCGACACAUUUAUGCACAAGUCAAAUCUGACCAGAGUGGAUUUGUAUGCCAAUCAGAUAACCACCCUCGAUAUCAAGUCCUUGCGCAUACUUCCCGUCUCGGAGCAUCGUGCUCUGCCUGAGUUCUACAUUGGGGGGAAUCCCUUCACCUGCGACUGCAACAUUGACUGGCUGCAGAAGAUCAAUCACAUUACGUCGCGUCAGUAUCCCCGUAUCAUGGACCUGGAGACCAUCUACUGCAAGCUCCUGAAUAAUCGUGAACGUGCCUACAUUCCCCUCCUGGAGGCGGAACCCAAACACUUCCUAUGCACCUACAAGACACAUUGCUUUGCCGUCUGUCAUUGCUGUGAGUUCGAUGCCUGCGACUGUGAGAUGACGUGUCCGACGAACUGCACGUGCUUCCAUGACCAGACCUGGUCCACGAAUAUCGUCGAGUGCUCUGGAGCUGGAUACUCCGAGAUGCCACGUCGUGUGCCCAUGGACACCACCGAGCUCUACAUCGAUGGCAAUAACUUUGUCGAGCUGGCGGGACAUUCAUUUCUUGGUCGAAAGAACUUGGCAGUAUUGUAUGCGAACAACUCGAAUGUGGUGCACAUCUACAAUACGACAUUCAGUGGGCUGAAACGUUUGCUCAUUCUGCAUCUGGAGGAUAAUCACAUUGUCUCGCUGGAGGGCAAUGAAUUUCACAAUCUGGAGAACUUGCGAGAACUCUAUUUGCAGUCGAAUCGCAUUGCGAGCAUUGCCAAUGGCAGCUUCCAAAUGAUGCGCAAACUGGAGGUGCUCCGACUCGAUGGCAAUCGGCUGAUGCACUUUGAGGUCUGGCAGCUGUCUGCGAAUCCCUAUCUGGUCGAGAUUAGCCUAGCCGACAAUCAAUGGAGCUGUGAGUGCGGCUAUUUGUCACGCUUUCGCAAUUAUCUGGCUCAGAGCUCGGAGAAGAUUGUCGACGCAGCACGGGUGAGCUGCAUCUAUAAUAAUGCGACCAGUGUGCUGAGGGAGAAGAAUGGCACCAAGUGCACGCUGCGUGAUGGCGUCGCACACUACAUGCACACCAAUGAGAUUGAGGGACUGCUGCCCCUGCUCCUCGUGGCCACGUGCGCCUUUGUGGGUUUCUUUGGCCUCAUUUUUGGACUCUUCUGCUAUCGCCAUGAACUGAAGAUGUGGGCUCAUUCCAGCAGCUGCCUGAUGACCCUCUGCUAUCGCUCGCCGCGCUUCACAGUCGAUCAGCUGGACAAGGAGCGACCCAACGAUGCCUACUUCGCCUACAGCCUGCAGGACGAGCACUUUGUCAAUCAGAUUCUGGCCAAUACCCUGGAGAGCGACAUCGGGUAUCGUCUGUGCCUGCACUAUCGGGAUGUCAACAUCAAUGCCUAUAUCACGGAUGCGCUAAUCGAGGCUGCCGAGAGUGCCAAACAGUUUGUCCUCGUCCUGUCCAAGAACUUUCUCUACAACGAGUGGACGCGAUUCGAGUACAAGAGUGCGUUGCAUGAGCUCGUGAAGCGCAGGAAGCGUGUGGUGUUCAUCCUGUAUGGUGACUUGCCGCAACGCGACAUUGACUUGGACAUGCGUCACUAUUUAAGGACGAGCACGUGCAUCGAGUGGGAUGACAAGAAGUUCUGGCAAAAGCUGCGACUCGCCUUGCCGCUGCCACACGGACGUGGCAAUAACAACAAGCGUGUGACGGGCUGUCUAGCGGCACGCAGCUCCUCGGUAAACAUGUAUGCCACAGCGCACGAGUAUCAGGCAGGAGUCGGUGGCGGUGGCGUUAGCGGUGGCAUCCCAGUGCCAGCUGCAGCAGCACGCAUUGCGGACAAGUUGUACGCUGAUUGCAGCAGCAACAAUUAUGCAACAAUCAACGAGUGCGGCACCAGGGGCUACAAACCGAUACCCACAUCCGCAUCUGCUGCAGCCGCUGCCUGCAAGUUCAACACAAUGAAUCAGCUGUCCAAGAAACAGCGUGAACUGAGCGUUGCUGGCAUGGCCAAGACACUGGAGCAUCAGCAUCAGCAUCAUCAUCAGCAGCAGCAGCAGCAACAGUCGCAGCCUCAGUCGCAAUCUCAGCAGCAGCAACAACAUCGACGAAGUCAGCAUGAAUACGCUGUGCCAGCUUAUUUGGCAGCUGGCGCUGGAGUUGCUGGCCAGGCGCCGGCCUACGACAGUGUAGAUUAUGCCAAGCAGCAUCAGCUGAGGGCGGGCAACAACUGCGAGUGUAUAGGCACUGCCAAGAGGUCGGUGAAGAGUCAGGCGUCGGCAUUGCCAAGUUCCUUUAGCUCGAAUUUUGUGCCACCCGCCAUCAGCAGUGGCGCCUACAACUGCAAGAAGCCGUGCAACUGCAACGCGGAUGAUGAGCUGCUCUGCGGAUGCGGCGGAUUGGAGAGUGGCACUCAGAGCAGUGCCACAAUGAGCAGCAGCAGCAACAAUAGCCGGCAACCAGAGUUGACACAUUAUGAAUCGAAUUUGAGUCUUAACGAAUUGGACGAUGGCGGUGCUUCUAAGCCACUGCAGGAUCUGUGGGCGUAACCAAGCCAAGGUGCUUGACUAGACGACAGUCGACCAGUGAAUUUAUAAGCAAGGCAACUAACUAACUAACUAACUAACUUAUUCAAUAACUUUAUUUAAUUCAAAUGCAUUACGAUUAUAAUGAUAAUAGGCCGCAAGUGUUAAAGGAUAAACGAAAAAAUAGAUAAGGAUAUAGAUAAAGAGAUG